AUGACUUCUCUUCUAACCGCCUUUCCAGCGGAAAUCCUUCUCGCCAUCAUCCGCCAGCUAGACCCUUGGAGGCUUUGCAGAAGAUCGCUACAAUAUGAUACAUUUGAUGAGGCUGACUGGGAGUCUUAUGCUGCCCUCGCCUCCUUAUCAAGAACCUGCAAGACUCUGCAGCAUCUCGCGCAGCCCCAGUUAUUCCGCCGCAUACCACUAGAUGACGGCAAUAUUGCCGAGCUUACACGUACUCUCAUCAAGCAGCCACAUCUUGCUGGCGCGGUACAAGAUUUAUCUACUGGAAACCUGUGGCUGAAGCGGCGUAACGACUUCAAGUGGGACAUCUGUGAAGAAGAUACUACAAUGCUUGACAAGUACCUAGCAGUGUACUACAGGGACACGCCCACCAUACCACUAGAGCAGAUACAGCUCGUCUUAGAGCACUAUCCCCUUUGGGACUCCUUUGAUAUUUCGGGGGCGCUGGCAGUCGUGGCAAUUGCUCAAACGACAAAUAUCCAGCGACUUAUAAUCAACCCGAGCCAUUGUUAUUUUCCGAAAUCGUUCACUCUGCCGGAACUUCCAUGUCUUACGGAGUUCUAUUAUAUACAUUCACAUUGUACACACUCAUAUGAACAGCCCAAGCUUCAAGAUAAUUCUAUUCUGAAUAUAAUAUUCGCAGCAGCCCCGGCACUGAAAAGGUUUCAUGCACACAUAAUCGACUGUCUUCCUCCGAAUAUACCUUAUAACAACGUGACUGAAGCUGUAUUGACCGAGAGCUGCUUAAGCUACGCGAGCUUCAGAACUCUCAUUGAAAGAUUUCCACGCCUGCAGAAAUUUACAUACGAGUGUGCUAAGGAGUCCUGGGCAGAGGGCCCAGAGCCGAGGCCUCGCGAGAUAGCUGACCUUCUGCCUCUUCGGAGAGAUACAGUUACGCACCUGUCUCUUGAUUUUCGACAGUCAAACCGGUACGUGAAUGACCAAGAGUAUGUCAAAAUCGUUGAGCAUAUGCACGCUCUGGAAUCCCUGGUGCUAGGUCUACAGCUCUUCACAGACUAUGAAGCUACUACAGCUGCAUUACUGAAGUGUUUGCCUAAAUCAAUCCAAUCCGUGGAAAUGCUUUGUAUAUUUAUUGGCCCGGAGUUUGAGAUGAUAGCUAGAACACUGCAGGCACAGUUUCCGAACCUGAAGAUACGUUUCGAGAAUGAUGAGGAUGGGGAGAGUCUUAGUUUCCCUUAA